UUUCUUUAUAUCGUCAAUAAGAAUACAGAAUGAGUGCCCCAACUGUCGAAGAGGUCACUGAGCAGGUCCAAAAGACCUACUUGGAUGACAUUACCGGUGAACAAGUCUCCAAGACCGAGCUCAAGAAGCGUCAAAAGCAAAGAGCCAAUGAAGCCAAGAAGGCUGAAAAGGCUGCUAGAGGUGCUGCCACUGCUCCAAAACUCGCCAAGAAGAAGGAUGACAUGGCUGACUUGACUCCUAACCAAUACUUCGAGCUCAGAUCCAGACAAAUCGAAGAAUUGAGAGCUGGUCAUGAAGCUGACCCAACUGCUUUCAACCCAUACCCACACAAGUUCGAUGUGUCCAUGUCUUUACCUGAAUUCACUGCCAAAUACAAGGACUUGAAGAAGGGUGACACCUUGACCGACGUUGAAGUCAAGGUCACCGGUAGAAUCAUGCGUAAGAGAGAAUCUGGUUCCAAGUUGAAGUUUUACUCCUUGAAGGGUGAAGGUGUUGAAUUGCAAAUCAUGGCUCAAGCUCAAGAUGUCAAGGAAGGGGUUGAAGUGUACGAAAAGAUGCACGAAUACCUCAGAAGAGGUGACAUCAUCGGUAUCACCGGUUACCCAGGUAGAACCAACCCUGCCAAGGGUGGUGAAGGUGAAGUUUCCGUCUUUGCUACUUCCAUCCAAUUGUUGACCCCAUGUCUUCACAUGCUUCCAACUGAAAGAUACGGUUUCAAGGACCAAGAAGCUCGUUACAGAAAGCGUUACUUGGAUCUUAUCAUGAACGAAUCCACCAGAGAUCGUUUCAAGGUCCGUUCCAAGAUCAUCACUUAUAUCCGUAAGUUUUUGGACAACAGAGAUUUCGUUGAAGUUGAAACUCCAAUGAUGAACGUUAUUGCUGGUGGUGCCACCGCCAAGCCUUUCAUCACCCACCACAACGACUUGAACAUGGACAUGUACAUGAGAAUUGCUCCAGAAUUGUUCUUGAAGGAAUUGGUUGUCGGUGGUAUGGACAGAGUCUAUGAAAUUGGUCGUCAAUUCAGAAACGAAGGUAUCGACAUGACCCACAACCCUGAGUUCACCACCUGUGAAUUCUAUCAAGCUUACGCUGAUGUCUAUGACUUGAUGGAUACCACUGAAUUGUUGUUCUCUGAAAUGGUAAAGGAAAUCACCGGUGACUACAAGGUUAAGUACCACCCAGAUGGUCCAGAAGGUGAAGAACUCACCUUGGACUUUGCCCGUCCAUGGAAGCGUAUCAAUAUGAUUGAAGAAUUGGAAAAGGUCUUCGAUGUCAAGUUCCCUGCUGGUGACCAAUUGCACACCGAAGAAACCGGUGUCUUCCUUAAGAACAUCUUGAUCAAGCACAAGUUGGAUUGUUCUCCUCCAUUGACCAACGCCCGUAUGUUGGACAAGCUUGUUGGUGAAUUGGAAGAUGUUUCCAUCAACCCUACCUUCAUCUUUGGUCACCCAAAGAUGAUGUCUCCAUUGGCCAAGACCGACAGAAACCAAAACGGUUUGUGUGAAAGAUUCGAAGUAUUCGUUGCCACCAAGGAAAUCUGUAACGCUUACACCGAAUUGAACGAUCCAUUCGAACAAAGACAAAGAUUCGAAGAACAAGCCAGACAAAAGGCUCAAGGUGACGAUGAAGCACAAAUGGUUGACGAAACCUUCUGUAACGCUUUGGAAUACGGUUUGCCACCUACCGCCGGUUGGGGAUGUGGUAUUGACAGAUUGGCCAUGUUCUUGACCAACUCCAAUACCAUUAGAGAAGUUUUGUUGUUCCCAACCUUGAAGCCAGAUGUUACCAACUAGUUAGAUUUGAUAUUAAGAUAACAAUGAGAUAAUACAAA